CUAGGUAUUUUCUCUGAUGGCGACAACAGCGGAUGUCAACAGCAGCCGUGCCGAAAUGGUGGCGUAUGCGAGAGUCACCUCGGCGGUUUCAGAUGCCUUUGCUCCCAGCAGGCCCUCCACGGCCGUUUAUACGGGGGGCAGACCUGCACGGUUCCACUUUUGGGCUGCGAUGACAACCAAUGCGAAAACGGUGGAAUAUGCUCGCCCUUGCUUGUACACGGGAAACACACUUUCUCAUGCAUCUGCCUCGCCGGCUUCUCGGGCUCCAAAUGCCAGACCUCCACUGUUUUUUCAUUUGAGAGCCAAGGUUACAUGUACAUCGAGACUCAACCUGUUGAUCCGGAAGCCCCUCUGAAUGUUACACUCAGCUUCCGGACAGAAAAACUUGUCGGGACUCUCUUGCAACGCAGAGUGGCUGGCCUCCUUCUUAGCAUUGAGCUAAUGGAUGGACAUCUGUGCCUCUGCAGUCUCAAAAACCAAGGGUCCACCACAUUGGUUCAGCAGCUACCGGAAUUUAUUUCCGACAACAAAUGGCACACGCUGGAAGCGUCACUCGGCGGAGUGGUCAGCCUGAUCCGGCUCCUCUGUACCGAAGGAAACUGUGCCAGGGAAAGCAAGACCGAGGUGCAAGUUCUCGAAGCAGCCUCGGGUCUCCCUCAACCCGGGACAGUACGUCACAGUCUCUUCAUAGGAGCAGGUCCAGGCGACAAAACGGAACCCCCGCGUGUUUUUCUGGGUUGCUUAAGAGACGUGCUCGUCGACUCCCAUUUGGUGGUGCCGGUUAUGUCGGCGGAGGGUUCCGACACUCAGGUUAACGUGACAAUGGGAUGCAACGAUAACGACAAAUGCGAUGACGGACCGUGCCAGAACAGAGGCCGCUGUGUGAGCCAAGGCUGGAGGAGUUACAUGUGCGAGUGCCACAGACCAUAUGAGGGCGGCAACUGUGCAGAGGAGUACAUCACCGCAAGGUUCGGGAGCAAAGACUUGGAAAGUUAUGCCGUCUUCUCAAUAGACGAUGACCCCGGAGAGACUUUGACCGUGUCCUUGUUCGUUCGAACCAGGCAGCCGAGGGGCCUCCUCCUGAUCCUGGCCAACAGCACCAGUCAGUACCUUCGCCUUUGGCUGGAUCAGGGCAGAGUCAAAAUUCAAGUCAACAACUUUGAGACCUUGCUCGGCCAAAGCGUGAUCAGUGACGGCCAUUUUCAUCUGGUGACUGUGAAGCUCGACGGUCCAGAGGUAACCUUGACCCAGUCGGCCCAGGUUCAAAGCUCUCGACCCAUAAGACACAUCUGGGCCCAUCACGGGGAUCGGGUCUUUGUGGGCGGACUGGCGGACCCGAGGGCCUCGGCUACAUUCGGAGGCUACUUUAAAGGAUGUGUUCAGGAUCUACGGGUGAACAAUAAGCGACUUCAGUUCUAUCCCAUACCAUCUUUUGUGGAAUCUUACAAACUGGAGCAGCUGUUAACUGUUUCACCCGGAUGCAGCAGUGACAACGCCUGUGCGGUUAACCCCUGUCUCAAUGGCGGCGUGUGCUACUCCGUGUGGGAUGACUUCACCUGUAACUGCCCCCCCAACACGGCGGGGCAGCGCUGUGAGGAGGUGAAAUGGUGUGAGCUGUCUCCCUGUCCCGCCUCCACUGUAUGCCAGCAGACCUCGCGGGGCUUCGAGUGUCUUUCUAACGUAACAGUUCGUCCAGAAAGUGCGAUUUUGCACUACCGGAACAAUAGGAACAACAACCGCACAGUCGGUGUCACCAGCGUGUCUCUCGGUUUCCGCACAAGACAGACCGUUGCCACCAUAUUGCAUGCACAAAGGGGCUCCAAAUACAUCACCGUCUCCCUUCGGGACUCCCGCGUGGUUGUCGAGCACUCGGCUGGAGUGGAACACGACAAUUCCUCCGUACAGAGUGAGCGUCCAGUCAGUGACGGAGAGUGGCACUCUGUGAGCCUCGGCGUGCACGAUCGAGCCUCUAAGUGGAUCAUAAAUGUGGAUGGAAAUACAGAAGAAAUCUUUAUAGGUGUUGCAGACUUGGAUUUUCUUUUGGAGGGAACAGACAUUUUCAUUGGUGGGCUGAGCUUGGACUCCCCGGUGAGUUUCUCCGGAUGUUUGGCUCCUGUGGAAAUCGGAGGCCUUCUUCUUCCUUUUCACUUGGACACAGACUUGAAGCUUCUCAGGCCUCAGGAAGAGCAGUUUUCGCAGUUGAACGUCAACGCCCAUCCGCACUACGGCUGCUGGGGGGCGAGCGUGUGUGCGUCCAACCCUUGUCAGAAUCAGGGUUUGUGUGAGGAUCUCUUUGACCUGCAUCAUUGCAAUUGUCCGUCCACUUGGAGCGGGUCGUUGUGCCAAGAACCGAGCGACCCCUGCGUGGCCAAGCCGUGCGUGUAUGGAAACUGUCGCAACACUCCUGGGGGGUACCGGUGUGAGUGUGAGCAAGGAUUCACCGGGGCGCAGUGUGAGAUGGAGGUGGAUUUGUGUGUGAAUAGCAAUUGCAGCAAUGGUGCGACAUGCCUCAAAGGAGUUCAGAACUACUCAUGCCUCUGCCCUCAGAACCUGACGGGCCAAUAUUGCAAUGUGAAAAUUCCAGAGAUCCCCUGGUACAUCGAAACAAACCCUCUUCCUCUGCUGCCUGUGUCAAAGUGUAGCGGUACGAGAUGGAACUUCAGCUGCUUUAAUGGAGGGAAUUGCUCAGUCGUGGACGACAAUUGUCUCUGUCUCCCUGGAUUCUCAGGACAAUGGUGCGAAAAGGACGUGGACGAGUGUGCCUCCGACCCGUGCAUGAACGGAGGAUUCUGCCUCAACUACGUCAACAGAUUUGAGUGCGUGUGCGAUUUGAAUUACUCGGGUAUCCACUGCCAAAUAGACGUCAGUGACUUUUAUAUCUACGUCUUCCUGGGCCUGUGGCAGAACCUGUUCCAGCUAGCGUCCUACCUCAUCAUACGCUUGGAUGACGAGCCCGAAAUCGAGUGGGGGUUCCAGGUUAACGAUUAGCUCACAUUGGUACACAAACGUAGUUAAAAGGAAUGAAAUGCAAACACAAAAGAGCGGGGGAGGGGGACAAGAACCUUGGGGCUGGGUGAAAAGGCCUUAAAAUAAAAUCUCGGAAUAUUUUUUUCACACAAAAAUACAACUUCUGAUUUCACUAGAUGUUUUUUAGCACUUCAUAUCGCCGCUGUUCUUGGGAGGCUCGGGUUCAUCGUUUGUAAAUGGCAGAAUAUCGAUUUGAAAAGAUUGAUCUACGAAUGACAAUUAUAUUCUGUGUCCUACAUUUCAUU